AUUUACAUGUCUCUCUUGCUACUUGUUAUCGCUCGCAAUGAGUCACAAGUCGUCCCUAAUUGUCCCAGCAAUGCUGUCAAGAUCCUCGAUCUUCUCUCGAACUGAAUCUUCUCUUUGAAUCUGCUCUGACUUCAUACCCACGGAAAGUUCCGAAUGGUGCCUUGUUGACUGGGAUUUCUGCCUAUGACCUCCCCAUGGGAGAAGCCUCGUGUGCAGAAUCAGAUUUCAGAUUGCACGGCAUGUCCUCAUCUGUACAUCAAUUGUGAGUCUUGACCCCCACUUAAGAACCUCCAUGUCGCGCUUGCACCUUCGUUCCUCUGCGCAGCUUCGUGACCCUGCGUUCUGUCCUGCAUGGACAAGCUUUACGUCUUCCCCAAUGUCGAGCUUGCGAAGAGCAUCAAAGCACAGCAUCAAACUCUAGAUAAAGCCGACCAAUACCACCGUCAAUGGGAGCCCAACCAGAUCGCGAUCGGAGCCGAACGCUACCAUGCAGCCAAAGCAUCGCGUGAAGGCAUCAUAGCGGACGGGCGUCCUUUGCCACCCAUUGCCUUCAAGGGAAGUUCAUUGCACGGGCGUAUUGCGGCUCAGAGCAACGCGUCUCGUCUUGCACUCAACCAUGCCGUCGCUUACUCGGCUGACUCGAUUGGGGAACCGUGGCAUCCCAUCGAAAAAUUGCCCUCUCUCUCCUCAGGUCGCGACAAUAACGGCAUCAAACAAACAGUCAAAGACAUCUUGGGUUCCGAGAUUCCAGAGCUGAACAACUCUAUCUCUGCUCGCGAGCAUGCAUCGCUGAGAACGAUCGCUGCGCGCGCUGCAAACGGAGCUCCGACCCACAAAUUUGUCACCCCCGGUGCUAUUGACAUCGAUCCUUCGAACAAUUCGGAUCUGUCUGUCCCCGACAAUACGAUUCCAUAUAGAUAUUAUACCACGAAUGGACUGAACGUUCCCAGCUCAUCGUCAGGGGACACGAGUUCGUGGCCUGAGCCUACUUUCGUUCCGCCGUCCUCGGGCGCCAAUGUUGCCGGCACUUCGACUAUUCCAGCUACAGCAGCUCCGGUCGCUGGUCCCUCCACGCAAGUCAUCGCAUCCAACAUGGUUCCUGGACCUGUUGGACGCAUCCAAGCGAUCGGUGCACCUGUAAUUCAGCCCGCAUUGGCUGGUGGCCCCGCUCACGCAGUUCAAACAAAUGCUAUCAAUACUAUCGCUCCAUCACCUGCUCCGACGGGGUACCCCCCGCACAGUCGCAAUCCGACUUUCCAGGGUGAAGCAUCCUACCGCUCUCAUGGGCGAUCUUAUCCCAGUCGCGGUAACAUCUCAUCGCAAAGCAACGCUCAGGUCCACAUGGAUCAAGCUGGCCAUGUCGUUCAGCCGACUUAUUACGCUCCACCCUCUAGCAUGUCGAGCCGACGUCAGACCGAACAACCGGUGCUAGCUCAACAUCAAGGUCACCAGCAGAGCGGACAUCAAGCUGUUGAGCAGGACCGUCAUCGAGGCGAUCGACACCAACGCGAUCAGCAGUACGAACGUCGAGGUGACCGCCAUCGAGGGGGUCAGCAAGAACAACAUCGACGUGACCAGCAAGGCCGACACCAGAAAUCCCGCUCUCGAUCGCACUCACGCUCGCGGACCACUCCCCCGCCAGGGCCGCAAGACCGUUCUGGCCGUCCAAUCGCACGACCAUCUACCCCAAUUCCCCGAUCGGCUUCGCGGGCGCAUUCGCAGAGUCGGAUGUACGAUCGCCCCGCGCUCGAUCAACAACGCUCUCGUCACCGUUCGAGACAAUCCGACCCAACAGAGCCUCCGCAGCGGCUGUCACGCUCGAUGUCGGUGACUCCGACUUUUAUCAGUUAUCCAGCUUCUGCAAUCCGUGCGCAACGCUCGGUUUCGGUCAGACAAGGCAAUGCUGUGGAUCACCACUCUUCGAGCAACAGAACCAGGCAACCUUCUGGCCAAGCCCCCGUCGAAGCUAGACACCGGGCCCCAUCUCGGACUCGGCAGCAGGCUGAGCAACCCUCUCCCCCAGUACAGUAUCGGAGUCGGUCUGACAGUCACAAUAUCCCGAGGGCUCAAGCUCCGACCGCUCUGAUCCCAUCUCAACCGUUGCAUUCUUCUCGCGACGAGGCUCUAGCUCUGCGGCGAACGAAAAGAAGAAUUCCGGAGCGGAGAGCCACUGCGGCUCCUGGAGACCCAUCUCAGUAUGUUCAGCCUCCACCGGUUGCUGGACCCUCUGCGCAUCGGGCUGCGAACUAUUCCGAGCAGCCGAUAGCUUCUUCAUCCCAGUACGAUCCUUACGCGACAUUAGCCCCAAAUAAGUCUCGCAAUCACAGACCCUCGCAAGGCUGAUCGGCCGUGUCGAACCCGAGACCCAUUUUCUUGCGCGCUCACUUUCGACCACCCAAUGUCCUGCUCCUAGCGAGCAGACCUCCGUUGUACGAUUAUCUAUGUAUGUAUGCUUCCCGCCUCUAGGACACUCGCGCGAUUGCGCUGUACUAGUUUCCUAUGCACCGUCUCUUCUCUCACUCCGCCUUUCAUGGUCUGAACUUUCCUGAUACCGUCGAGACUGGUAGUUUUUGUCUGUGGGGACAUCGCGCGAUUGCGCUGUACUUUUUUCUUGCCGACUCUCCGCUGUUGUAAAUUGUAGAGUAUGCUGUGUAUGUCGUUCUUGUUUUCGUAAAUGGUGUCCAAUACACGGUGUAGUGAAACCAGCCAAGCAGAUGAACACUAGUCCAGAAAACUUUCGAUGUCUGGUAUCGAAACGGGUGGGUCUAGAGAGGAUGAACAGUCAGUCCUGAAGUGCAGAUUCAUGCUAAUGCAAAAUCGGACUCUGGAUUAUUU